GCAUCUCGCUUCAGUUAUUUUAUGUAGAAGUCAGAUGAUUCAAACUAGUCAGUUUAGUUUCAUAUCAUUAUGUAUAGGCAAAGAGCGGAUGUUGAGCGGGCCUCUCAGCUAAUGAUCAACUGUUCUGAUCCUUUUACCUCUGAUAAUCGUAAGCCUCUUUUGCAUUCUGGGCAUUUCAUGGAUACAUCUAGUGGACAUCUGAGAGCAUCAAUUUCAUCUGUACAUGACAAUGUUGUAUCACAUACAGUAAGUCAUGGAGCUUCUUCAAGUGCUAAAGUUAUCCCUGGGUUCUUACCAAAUCCUGGGUGUGACAGAUUGAGAAAAUCUGGUGACAGCCAAUGCUCAUCAAAUCAACUUGGAGUUGUUGAUUCCAUGGAAUUGAUUGAGAAGGAUUAUGUUCUCGUCGAUCCUCAUUUUGCUUCAGUGGAGAGUCUCUCUCUCUCUUAUUAUCUUGAGACAUCACUGCAAGCUAGUUAUCCAACCAGGAUUUCUAACUAUCCUUCAAAGAAGAAUGACCAGGGUUUAGCAAUUUCAAUAGGAACAAAGGGGGUGGGCGCGCUUUCUUCGAAUGUCGCUGAAACUUUGCAAGUCCAUUCACCUAGUUCACUGAUAACAUCAUCUGAAUCAACUAUGUCGAUGGAAGUGCAACGGCCUAAUUUUCUCCAUCCCUCAUCUAGGCUCUACUUUUUACAUCAGUGUGUGCGGGCUCUUGAAGAACUAGCUCAAGACAAGUAUAAAGCAGGAGAAUUACUAGAAUCUUUCUCAGUUGAGCUUGUUGUUUUGGCUAUAUGGAAGAAAGUUUAUGAAAUUUCUGGUUCCUGGAUGUCCUCAAGAGAAGAGGGUAAGUUGCCUGGAACUUAUUCAGCCAAAGAAUCUGCAGUUAAUCUUGAAGGCACCAGCUUAGCUCCACGUUCAGAAGGCAAUGUAGAUUUUAUUAAUCCUUUAUCUGUUUACAUGUGGGCGGAACAAGGGUUUAUUGUUGCUUGUGAUCGUGCAGAGCAGUUAUCAGAUCAUUUCAGGAACAUGGAUGCUACUGCUGAGAUGCCUGAUGCCAUGGAAAUUAUAUAUCAAAAAGCCCUUGCUUUGGGCAAGGCAGGUUGUGUAGAUGAGUUAAUGGACAACAAGAGUAGUGCAGCAGCACUGUACUCCAAAGCAAUGUUUCUUCUUUCAUUCAUAAUGGGAGAAGCAGCAACUCUGCCACUGAACCCUCCACUUUUGUUAACUCUUGACAGUAAGAAGCAAAUUGAAAAUUUUAUUAUGGUCUUGCAGUCUCGUCAGAUGCACUUCUUAACAUCACCAAGAUCUACUGAGCGAUCCCCAAAACCACUUACGAAGUGAACACAACUAGUGUCCAGCAAUUUUAGAUCACCAGCUUACAAAGAUAAAACAUGGAGAUCAUGAUGAGAAGAGGGGGAAAUUUUGAAUUCAUACAGACAUUUUAACAUAUCUACUGAUGACAUGAUGGAAAUACAUUGAUAUAUCUUUUUGUGUAUAAAGCAUUCAAUAGCAAACUGCUGGCAAUUUGGUGCAAGAUGGCCAAUGUUGCGAAGGAGAAAAUGUAAAUAAGAUUAUUCUAUUCGUUCACUUUAUGGAAUGUAAAUAGAAAUGCAAAGAAUGGCAUGUACAGUGA